GACUUAAAAUUAAAAAUUGUCGAUACAUUUCACAUAAAAAAAAUAUUUUCUCGAACGCAGUUUUAUCUGCCGGUUACUAAAUGUCAAUGGUGACUAGUACGUCGGUGUAACAUAUUGAAUUAUAACCUAUUUCCAUUAUCUAUUAACUAUUUUAGAACUAAGAAUAACAACACUAAAUUGAAACAUUUAGUGUGUAUAAUUAGAAGUAAUGAGUAAUGAUUUAAAUUAUUAUCCUUUUUAGAACAAAUGGAUAAUUUCAUGAAAAGGGCCUUAGUUCUCGCCUCCGAAGCUUUAGCUGCACAGGAGGUGCCGGUCGGAUGUGUAUUCACCCUUAAUGGAAACAUUGUAGCAGAGUCCAGAAACAGUGUAAAUAUUACACAUAAUCCUACUAGACAUGCAGAAAUAAAUUGCAUUGAUAAAAUAUUAGAGUAUUGUAAGGAUAAUCAGAUUAACUAUGUUACUUAUUUUGAAAAUAUUGUUGUUUAUGUUACAGUUGAGCCAUGUAUAAUGUGUGCAGCUGCAUUAAAUAAUUUAAAUAUUAAAGAAGUCAUAUAUGGCUGUGCUAAUGAUAGAUUCGGAGGGAAAACAGUGUUAGAUGUUAAUACAUUUUAUGACAGAGGAUAUAAAUUAACAGGAAAUGUCUUAGCUGACGAGGCUAUGGGUUUAUUAAAACAAUUUUACAAAGGCGCUAAUCCAAAUGCACCAGAUUCUAAAGCUAAGAAAAAUAAAUAAUUUUGUCUAUGGAUAUCAAGAUAAUAAAUAAAAGAUAUUCAAAUGAUAAAGAAUUGUAUAAUUUUAUCUUUAGGAUUAUGCAAUGAUAGCUAUUUGUCAUUAAUCAUGUCACAGGGUAAAUUGGUGACUAAGAAAAUGAAAAUGUGUUUCCUAUUCCUAUUGUAAUAUUAUGAAAUGAUAAGAGCGCAAUACAACUAUGUACAAAACCUAAAUAGGCCAAUGACCUCAUGGCUAUGCACCUUUUAAUGUUAAUACAAUAAUUGCAUUAUAUUAUUACAUUUUAAUCACAUUUCUACAGAUAUAUCUUAACUAUAUUGCUAUUUUACAUUAUAAGUUGAAAUCGUAAAGUAAGUUGUAAUCUAUAACACAUAUAAUGAAUUAAAAAAUUAAAUUAAGUAAGUAUGUUGUGCAAAACAUUUGUGUGAACAGAAACUGAUUGUGAUAUGUUAAAUCAUUACCAUUGUUAUAUUUCAUGGGAACCGAUAUUAAAAAUAAAUUCCUUAUCAGCAUAAUCCUAUCUACCUUAUAUUCUACUUGACACAAUUUGGUUCAUCUAUUUAAAUAAUAAUAAUCACUACAAAUAACAGUUUCAAAUAAACUUUUUAACUAAAAUUUUAUAAUAUAUUAGUCUUAAGUCUACUAUCGAUAUUACUAUGUAUCUUAUACACUGUAAAACAUAAAAGUGAGAUCCAUUCUAUGGAUAUGCGCAAAAUUAUUUCCAAUAAAGUUGUUUGUUUAUAUUCCCCAAAAUCUAUGUUAAAAUAAUUUAAUAUUGUUUUGAUAAUAAAGAACACAUUUUUUACAACAUAUAUAAUUGAAAAAUA